CUGACCGGAAGUACAUCUUCGCUCCAGCGCGUUGCUAAGUCAACACUUGUGUGGAGAACGUCCCGCAGGAAUAGCAACAUCUUCUAUUGAAAGUACUUGUCAGCUUCGUCCUUGAUGGCAUCCUCUGCAUUUCUGGUUUUGCUGUUACUUCAGUUUGGACUUGGACAAAGCUCUCAAAAGCAUCUUCAUGAAGAUCAUUAUAUCGGCCAGCAGCACAACCCUGACCACGACAUGAAUGUCCUGCUGGGAGAUGAGGACGCCGAGGAGCUCAAGAAACUUAGCCCGGCAGAACAGAGGAAAAAGAUGAUGGAAAUUGUGAAGCGGAUUGACACAAAUGGUGACAAUGUGUUAAGCACAGAGGAGAUCACUCUGUGGAUUCAGCAUGUCUACAGAAAAUAUGCUCUGGAUGAUGCAGAUGAGCGGUUCCCUGAGUUUGACACUGACAAAGAUGGUGUUGUAACGUGGGAAGAAUACAACAUGGUUGCUCAUGACCAGCUUGUUAGUUUAGAUGACAGCGCAAUUCUGGAGGAUCCAGAGCAAGAGUCUCUCAGACACCUCUAUCUGACGGAGAGGAGGCGCUUUGACUUUGCCGAUGUGGACGGCACCCCCGGCCUUAACGUAACAGAGUUUCUUGCCUUCACCCACCCAUCUGAAGUGGAUCACAUGGCUGAUUUUGCCAUUGAGGAUGUGUUGAGUGAAUAUGACACAGAUAAAGAUGGAUUCAUCAGUCUAAGGGAAUUCAUUGGAGAUGUCCGUGGUGAUGAUGAUUCCCCUUCGCAGUGGGAAAUUGAAGAAACAGUGCGGUUUAAAGACCUCUAUGAUCAAGACAAGGACGGCAAGUUGAAUCGGGAGGAGCAGCUUCGCUGGGUUGCGCCCAAUAGCUACGGUUCAGCAAGAGAAGAGGCUCUUCACCUCAUCAAGGAAAUGGACAGCGAUGGAGAUGGGCAGAUCUCAGAGGGUGAAGUUUUGAAAAAUCAAGAAACGUUCAUGAACAGUGAAGUGACAGACUACGGCAGACAGCUGCAUGUAUCACAUGAUGAAUUAUAACUGUACAGUAUGUUCUUGUUUAUUGCAAAGUUUCCUCGUUUGUUUCCAUGUAGGUGUCAUUUUAUUUCCUGGGUUGUGCGUUGACAUUAGUCACGGGAUUCACGUCACUCCCUGGGGAGAGAUUACUUUAUCUAUCUGUGAUCCAUUUGCAAUACUAAAUGAUAUGGACAAAACAACAGGAAACGUAUAUUAUAUCACAUGCACCAACACACUUUCUGAAAUGUGGCAUUGAAGGAGCUCACUGACAGAGUGUCAGCAUAAUAUGAACAUCUGAAGCUUCCCAAAAUAGUGUGUUUUGCAGGAAUGUUAUAUACAUAAUGUCAUAAGGCCUUCCUGUUAUUUUGUCUUCUCCCUGCAUGCACAUACUACUGAAGAACAGGGAGGUUUGAUGUGGGAAUACAAUUUUAAUCACUUCUUUUAAGGACAUUUGAACUAAAGUAAUUAAAACACAUUGUGUGGGUUUUCAAACAAACAGUCCUGUUAAUAUAUAUCAAAGAAUUUUUUUUUAAUUACAUUGAUAGAACUAUAGGCUAAUUGAAGAAUUAGCAGUGUGUCAUUAUUAGUUGUCCCCUUCACAUGUUCCAAGAGUGAAAUGACAUGAGUAUCAGUUUAGUUGUGGUAACUGCUGUUAUGUUGCAGCUCUUCCUCAUUUAAAUCAAAUGAGCUAGUGAGUAAGUGUUGCUCUUUGAAAACUGGUUUCCUGAAUGUUUCAUGAUCUGUUUCACUUGCAUUGAGCAACAGCCUAUUACACUGCUGGUGUGCUGUACAGAGACUUAAAGUUUAGUGGAUUCUCAAACAAGGACUAUUUUUUAAAUCGCUGCCAAGAUGUCUUUACAAUUUAAAGAUGCCUUUUGGGUGAGUCAUUUAGAUGCUACUAAUCCCUACAUUUUCAUUAUGUUUAGAACUGAAGUUGACCACGAGUUUUUACUGAGGUGUGAAGUCAGUUCUGUAUUCAGUACGUUCACUGGCAUUUUUGAUGUAUAAAGUUUUGUGUACCUUUCCCUUUCUACUGUACUCUCUGUAUUUGUUUUUGAUUUUGUCUGGGGGGUAUUUACUGUAUCAUAUUCCAGUUUAAUUAUCUGUGACUUAGCUAAACACUGCACCCUGUCUUUAGACUUCUAGUCUUCUUUGCUCUCUUUCCUUUUGCUUCUUCUUGUUUUUUUCUCUGGGUUGUGCACAUGUUCACCAAUUUCUAUCUAAAACCAGGUGUGUCACACAAACUAAAGAGUUCCUUCUCAGUGCAACUUUUCUUAAUAGUGUAUGAAGGCCAAGAAAACACUUUAAUACAGUUAUGUUAUGGUAGUAAAAGUGUGAUCUUUAUCAUUACUGAGGAUUCUGCCUUUUCCAAUCUGCACAGCACGUAUUAGCACGUGUGUGUGUGUGUGUGUGUGUGUGUGUGUGUGUGUGUGUGUGUGACAGUGAAACAGACCAAAAACUCAAAAUGUCAACAAAACCAGUAACCAACACGGUACAAAUUUCAUACCAUAACCAUAGGCAAAGCAUCAGGAACUGACUAGUCAGAAAGAACAAUCAGUUGAACUCUACUGUAGCUUCAGUUUAUUAUGUUAAAUUGUGUGCUUCCUUUUUCCUCUUCAUUCUCAUUCUGCCAUUAGUAAGCCUGUGCAAAAUGUAAGUUAUUGAUUUUACAAAUGAAACAAACAUCAGAGAUUUUCACACCAGUCAUUUUAUUUACACAUUAGUCAAAUUUCAGCAAAGUAAUACUUUUACAUGAGCUGGAUCUUUUGUUAAUUUUCCCACAUGGUAGCUUUUCGAUUCAGACCCCAGCAACACUUUGUACCAAUUUCCAUUCGAGACGAGAUACCACAAAACUUCUAAGUGGAAAAAAAAAAAAAUCAGUCUCAGAGACGCAGUCAUUCGUAAACCUUAUCAUCAUAACAUCUGUGUCAUUUAAAUCAUCAGCUAUUGCCCAAAGGUGAUCAUUUGAGUCUUUUUGGAUUAACAGCAUUUAUGUAGACGUUUAUUCCAAAAUUUGACAUUGUGUAAGAUUCCCUGUGAACACUUUUACAUUAUUUACUGAGAGUAUGACUGUUACUGUUUGGCAUUUGUG